ACUCUUCUCUUCUUCACCUUUGAGUUUCUCGAGGCUCCUUUUUUUUUUCAAUUUGACUGCUUAAUAGUGGUUACUGUCUUCAGCCGCCGUCGCCGGAUUUCAUCAUCGAAGGCGACGGAAGCAGUUUUCUAGGGUUUAUCUGACGAAGCUCCUUUUGAUUGUCAUCGGUUCCGGUUUUAUUCGUCGAUCUUCCAUUUUCGCAUUGUUGUUUUCUACAUCCGAAGAUGGGAAGCAGUCCAGCUCCAUUUGCCGAGAUUGGCAAGAAAGCCAAAGAUCUCCUGAAUAAGGAUUACAUUUUUGACCACAAGUUUACUCUCACAAUGCUGAGUGCUACAGGAACGGAAUUUGUGGCUACUGGUUUGAAGAAGGAUGAUUUCUUUUUUGGCGAUAUAAGCACACUAUAUAAAGGUCAAAACACCAUUGUUGAUCUGAAAAUCGACAGCCACUCUAGUGUGUCCACAAAAGUAACUGUCAAAAAUCUCAUGCCAUCUGCUAAAGCUGUUAUUAGUUUCAAAAUACCUGAUCACAAGUCUGGCAAGCUGGAUGUGCAAUAUGUUCAUCCUCAUGCUACGCUCAAUUCCAGCAUUGGCCUCAACCCAACUCCUCUGUUAGAUCUAUCAGCAACUAUCGGAAGCCAGAAUGUUUGCCUUGGUGGUGAAGUCAGUUUCGACACAGCUUCAUCAUCACUAACCAAGUACAAUGCAGGGAUCGGUUUCAACAACCAAGGCGUCUCUGCUGCACUCAUACUGGAGGAUAAAGGGGAGAGUCUGAGAGCUACUUACGUCCACACAGUGAACCCAACCACAUCCUUCGGUGCAGAACUGAUCCGUCGCUUCUCCAAUUAUAACAACAGCUUCACCGUUGGAAGCUCUCACUCUUUGGAUCAAUUCACAGUGGUUAAGACCAGAUUUUCUAACAAUGGGAAAGCAGGGAUGGUGGUCCAGAGAGAAUGGAGACCGAAGUCUCUCAUCACUUUGUCAGCUGAGUAUGACUCAAAGGCUGUGACCUCUUCACCGAGGCUUGGUCUCGCCCUCGCCCUCAAACCAUAAAACAAGAAAAGAGCUUUUAUCAGUUUGGAACACAAAUUAAACAAUUCAAUUUUUC